CAUGUCUGAAAUCGAAGAAUUAACUAAAUAGAAGCAAGUCUUAGAGGCUUCAUAAGCAAUUCUUGAGAAUUGGAUUCUUCUUAAGAAGAACUUAUAGUCAAAGUUCAAGAAUCCAUAUGAAGCAUUUAAAUGUUUGGUGUAAGACAAUGCUUCAGAAUUAAAGAUUUAAGAUUUUGAAGAUUAUGCUAAAGGAAUUAAUCUGUAAUAUUAUUUAUCAUUCUAGAAAUGAUUUAUUUAAGGAUUAAAAUUUAAAUGAAGAAGCUUUUACUAAGAUUUGGGAAUCAUGGGAAUUUAAUUAUAAAGCCAAUUAACAUAAACUAUAGAUGAUAGAUGAAAAGUUAGAAGUUCUUGUAAUAUUGGAAGAUAAAGAUGCUAAGAUGUUUAAGGGAGAUCCUUAUAAAAAAAAGUUAAUAGUAUCUUAGAUAUAGGGAUGUGAAAAUCUUGAAGAUUUACAUAAAAAGUUAGGUGAAAUGGUAUAAAAUAAUACUGAUUAAAAACAAAAAGAUGAAAUAGCUCCAAAUGAAAGUGAUGUAUUCUCUUAAUUUUUGGCAAAAAAGAGCUAAAUUUAAUUUAAUGAAUUAUCAAUUAGUAAAAUGUAAACUAAAUUGGCAGAAAUUCCAUAAUAGUCAGAAAUAUAAGAUAGUGCAUCUAAAUAAAAGCCAGAAUAACCAUUAGUUGAAAGUUAAAUUAUAGUAAUUGGGAAAGUGACAUUGCCUAAAAAAAGUUAUUUAGAUUCAUAACAUAGUAUCAUUCAUAAACGAGGUAAUUAUUCAACAAAUUAAACAAAAACAUUUAUUAAUGAUUCAUCUAAUAUCAAAAUAUUAUCUCCUAAACUUAAACGUCCUAAAGAAUAAUUCAUAAGUCCUAAGAAUUUCUAAUAACCCAUUAAUUUUGAUGAAAAUGAACAAAUUAGAAGAUCACAGAAAACUAAAAGAUUAAAGGGAGAUUUGUAACAUUACAUAGGAGAGCUAUUUCAUGGAGACUAUCAUUAGAAAAAUCCAUAUGAACUUCAAUAGAAAGGCUUACAAGGUUUUAAUUGUAAAAAGAAUUUAAAGGCAGUACAACAUAGGAUAGAUCUAAGAUCCAGUGAACCUAUUGAAUCUCAAAAUAUACAAAAAAGAGUGUAAAAUAUUAGGUAUAUAAGAAAAUAUGGUUAGAAAUAAAUUAGAUGAAUAUGAAAAUAAACGAACUAGAAGAUUUUCUCCUCAAAAACCUUACACAUCUGGAUUAAUCAAAAAUGAUACAACUCCAGAACGAAGAUAUUCUUAAAGAAGAUCAAGUCCAUAUACACCAGGAAAUGUUCAUAGAUUAAAUGUGGAUAAAUUAAAAUAAGAGAAGGAAUCUAUUUAAAAAUAAAAUUCAGAUAAAAAACCAUAAAUUAAUGAAGAAGAGUAUUAUUAAUUCUAUAAUUUAUAGUGAAAUUCCAUAGAAAGGUUUAGAUAGAUAAAAAGCUUUUAUAUCAGAUUGA